UGGCGCUCCGGCGGAAAUAACACGCAGUGUUUUUCGUAGUCAUCGUUGACUAGCUGGUACAAACGAAGACUAGACUCGGUUUACACGAAUAAAGUCCUCUGUUUCUGUUUCUCUAUUCAUCCAGCAUUAAAAAUGCCACUGGAAAAUCUUGAGGAGGAGGGUUUACCCAAGAACCCGGAUCUGAGGAUAGCUCAGCUGAAGUUUCUGCUCACAAUGGACGGUCACCGACAGGAUGCUAAAGUGAAGACUGAGCUCAUGGACGCUAUCAAAGCUAACAAUAUGGCUCCAUACUAUGAGGGUCUCUGUAAAGAGCUGAAGUGGCAGCUGGACACAGAGCUGCUGAGUAAAAUGAAGAAGGCCAACGAAGAGGAGCUGAAGCGUCUUGAUGAUGUUCUGGAGGAUGCAGAGAAGAAUCUGGGAGAGAGUGAGAUACGAGACGCCAUGAUGGCCAAAGCUGAGUAUCUAAUCAGAAUUGGAGAUAAGGAGGGCGCUUUAACAGCCUUCAGAAAGACUUACGACAAAACGGUGGCUCUGGGCCACAGAUUGGACAUUGUCUUCUACCUGCUGAGGAUCGGCCUGUUCUACAUGGAUAGUGACCUCAUCACACGCAACUCUGAGAAGGCCAAAAGCCUGAUAGAGGAAGGAGGAGACUGGGACAGAAGGAACCGUCUGAAGGUUUACCAGGGUCUCUACUGUGUGGCCAUUAGGGAUUUCAAGCAAGCUGCUGAGCUCUUCCUUGACACAGUUUCUACGUUCACCUCCUACGAACUCAUGGACUACAAAACCUUUGUUACUUACACCGUCUAUGUCUGCAUGAUUGCUCUGAAAAGGCCUGACCUUCGAGAAAAGGUAAUAAAGGGAGCAGAGAUUUUGGAGGUGCUGCACAGCCUGCCCGCUGUCCGCCAGUACCUCUUCUCACUCUACGAGUGUCGUUACUCUGUUUUCUUCCAGUCCCUGGCCCUGGUGGAGCAGGAGAUGAAGAAAGACUGGCUGUUUGCCCCUCACUACCGCUACUAUGUGAGAGAGAUGAGAAUCCAGGCCUACAGCCAGCUUCUGGAGUCGUACCGCUCCCUGACUCUGGGAUACAUGGCUGAGGCCUUCGGUGUCAGCACAGAGUUCAUUGACCAAGAACUGUCCCGCUUCAUAGCGGCCGGGCGGCUGCACUGUAAGAUCGAUAAAGUUAACGAGAUAGUGGAAACCAACAGACCCGAUAGUAAAAACUGGCAGUACCAGGAAACCAUCAAGAAGGGCGACUUGCUGCUCAACAGAGUCCAGAAGUUGUCUCGAGUCAUUAACAUGUAACCGCAGCGGCCAUCUUUAAAAGGAAGACUUGUUUUUUUUUCUUCUUGGUAUACCCGAACCAGUUCGUCUGACGGUGACUCUUGUGUAUAUAAUAAAACCUGUUUAACUAAAA